ACACACUCUGGCCGAGAGACGGACAGCGUCCAGCAUCAGAAGGAACAGAGCAGCACACACACUCCUCACAGCAUCAGGAGGAACAGAGUGGCACACACACUCUUCACAGCAUCUGGAGGGACAGAGUGGCACACACACUCUUCACAGCAUCUGAAGGGACAGAGUGACACACACAGACUCUUUGCAGCAUCUGGAGGGACAGAGCGGCACACACACUUCUCACAGCAUCUGGAUUCACAGAAAGGCACGCACACGCCUCACAGCAUCCAGAGGAACAGAGCGGCACACACACUCUUCACAGCAUUUGGAGGGACAGAGCGGCACACACACUCUUCACAGCAUCUGGAGGGACAGAGCGGCACACACACUCUUCACAGCAUCUGGAGGGACAGAGCGGCACACACACUCUUCACAGCAUCUGGAGGGACAGAGCGGCACACACACUCUUCACAGCAUCUGGAGGGACAGAGCGGCACACACGCCUCACAGCAUUCAGAGUAACAGAGCGGCGCACACACUCCUUAGAGCAUCUGGAUUCACAGAGUGGCAUACACACUCCUCAGAGCAUCUGGAUUCACAGCAUCCAGAGGAACAGAGCAUCACACACUCCUCACAGAACCUGAAUGGAUAGAGUGGCCCACACACUCCUUACAGCGCCUGGAGGGACAAAGUAGGACACACACUCUCCGCUGUGGCAGGGCUUGGAGGAAUAAUUACUGUGUAAGAACAGCCACACUAAUCCAACACUGCCUUACCUUCUAAAGUACUGCAAAACCUAUUGAUUAAAAAAAGUAAAGAGUAGUAAUAACUGAGAAAUUAACAAUAACAAUUUACUUGCUGUUUACAAACUGAAAAAGUUAUUUAUAAAUAAAUAAAUUAUGACUGUGCAAUAAACCCUAAAGUUUAUAACUGAGUAAUAAACCAUGAAAGUAAUUUAAAACAUUAAUAAUACAAUAAUAAUAAGUAACAAACCUUAAUGAUUAUAACUGAAAACCUGUUGUUCAUGACUGGGUAAUAAACCUUGAGAAUUAUAACUGAUCUUAAAUCUUAAUGGUUAUAAAGGAGUAACUACAAUACAUAUAAUACAACAAUAAUAUUAUUAAUUAUUAAUUAUAACCUAGUAAUAACUAUAAAUAUGAAUAACUGAGCAUUAAAAUACUAAUAAUAACUAAUUACCUGUAUUAGUAAGAAAUAAUAAACUGAAAAAAAUAAUAAUAAUAAUACUUAAAAAAUCUGCACUAAACCUUAAUGCUUAUAGUUAAACAAUAAACGUUUUAUAUAUGUUAAUAAACUGAGGAAUAAACAAUAUUGUUAACUGAGGUAAAAAGUUUAUUAAUUAAAAGUAAAUAUAAUAAAAUUAGCAUUAUUAUUGUAAUAGUUUCACUCGUGUUAGUUAUAGGAUAAUAAUUAUUCAUUUGAACUUAACACUUAUUGUUUAUUUGUUGCUGUACAGUUUAUACUAUUUUAUACAAAUCUGAGGAUAUAAAUCACAGCAUGUUACUUGUAUUAUACUGUAUAGUUUUGAUAACAUAGAAAGUUAAUUGAAAUCAAUUUAAUGAAUAGUUUUGAAUUAUUGUAUAUUUUUUAGCUAGUUCUAGGGUUAGUGGGUAAUAUGUCUUAACAUUAAGAACUGAACAAUAGUUCUGCAUUUUAAACACAAUAUUAUUUAAUAGCUACUGUAUAAACCUAUGUAAUUUAGUAAAACAGCAUUAGUUACUUAAUAGUAACUAAAUGCACAUAUGUAAUAUAUACUAUAUAAUUCAUUAAUAACACAUUUAUUUUAUGGUAGUUACUAUUUCACUGAUAUUAGGUAUACUGAAUACAAGUAAUAAGUCUUAAGACUUUAAGCAGAUCUCCUAAGACGGAAAAGGGGCUUCACUCUGGAAGGAAUACCGUACCCCGGUCUUCAGGGAGCUUCAGGCUGGUAGGACUUCAGGACAGCAUGUCCAUCUCCUCGUCCUUCGGCUUCACGCAGGAGCAGGUGGCGUGUGUGUGCGAGGUCCUGCAGCAGGGUGGUAACCUGGAGCGCCUGGGCCGCUUCCUGUGGUCCCUCCCGGCCUGCGAGCACCUCCACAAGAACGAGUCGGUGCUGAAGGCCAAGGCCAUGGUGGCGUUCCACCGGGGAAACUUCCGGGAGCUCUACAAGAUCCUGGAGGGCCACCAGUUCUCCACACACAACCACGGCAAGCUGCAGCAGCUGUGGCUGCGGGCGCACUACGCCGAGGCGGAGAGGCUGCGGGGCCGGCCACUGGGCGCCGUGGGGAAGUACCGCGUCCGCCGGAAGUUCCCCCUGCCCAGGACCAUCUGGGACGGCGAGGAGACCAGCUACUGCUUCAAGGAGAAGUCCAGGAGUGUGCUGAGGGACUGGUACACCCACAACCCGUACCCCUCGCCCCGGGAGAAGAGGGAGCUGGCACAGGCCACUGGCCUCAGCACCACACAGGUCAGCAACUGGUUCAAAAACAGGAGGCAGAGGGACCGGGCGGCCGAGGCCAAGGAGAGGGAGAGCAGACCGAGGCGCCUCUCUCCGCUGGAUGGAGAAGGGAAGUCCCUGAUGUCCAGCUCAGAGGAGGACUUCUCCCCGCCGCCGAGCCCACGGCACACACACCCUCACACACACACUCCCCAUCCCACCGCUCUCAGCUUCCUCCGGGGGGACGGCAUUCACCCUGCGGCCUGCCUCGGGGUCCUGCAGCAGCAGCAGGGUCAUCCUGUCCAGCUCCAGGACUCUUUACUCGGACCUCUGGCGUCCAGCCUGGCGGAGCUGAGCUCCUAGAACCCUCUGAGCUCUGCAGCAGAACAGAACAAUGAACAAUCCAGCUCCAGGGCAAAUGCAAUACACACACACACACACACACACACACUCAAUUCUGACCCUGUUCUAUAAUUUAUCUAUUGAUAAGAGUGAACAUUAAGAAUAAACUGUGUAAAAGUAAAAAA